AUGUCUGCCGUUAAGAGCCGCUUCAUGCGCAUGUCUGCCCUGGCAGACAAUGGCACAGAGAAGGACUUUGCAAUGGACGUUUGGGGGUCGGACGACGACAGCGACCUGUACGAGCCGCCAGCAGAUUUCGAGAGCGGUAGUGGCAAACUCAGCAACCUGCCGGCGGAUCCAGAGACUGAUAAUGGCGAGCUGAGCGACCCGCCGGCAAAUCUUGGGGGCGAUAGUGGGAAGUCCAACCUGCCGGCGGAUCUUGAGAGGGAUGACGGCAAGCCCAAGACCGCUAAGCGUAAGGGUCGUGCGAUAAACUUUCAAUUCAAGCAGGUGGAUAUCGACGCCGAUUCUGGAGAGCAAUUUGAGGUACGCCAGAGCGACGUCGACGAAGGGUCGGGGGACGAAUGGAAUCCGUCCGGCGGCGGCGCAAGCUCCAAGACGCGCAAACCAACUCAUAAUUACACGAAGAAGAAUGCCUUAAAGACGAAGAAAGCUCUCAGAACUGCGCCGGUGACUUGUACUUGGCCCGGCUGCGGCGCACACCUCGCCCGCAUAGACCAUCUUAGGCGCCAUAUCGCCGCUCAUAUAUCGCCAGAUGGAAAGCCCUUCAGGUGCCCGACAGCUUUCUGCGGCUUUGCCGCGAAGCGCCGUGACAGCCUCGCCGCGCACUUAAAGCUGCGGCACAAGCUUAGCGCUGCGGCAGCUAGGAAGAGCGCUGCCAGCGCAGCUGAGGCUGCUAAUGACGAAAUCCGAAGUCUUGCUCGUGCCGUUGAAGCCGCCAUCAAAGUGGCUGCGAGCGAUAGCGAUACUGAACUUGACCAGGUUGUCACUGCCGGUAGCAAGCGCAAGAACAAGGACCGUGGCCACGCUACAAUUCACGGCAAGAAGCGAGCUCGUGUCUCAAAUGGCUCAGGUGCCACAGAGAAUGGAGAAGGCCAGACUCACGCGGUAGUCCAAGAGGAUGAAGAGCACAUCGCCGCCAUGAACAUCGGCAAGAAAAAUGCUCGUAUCUUACGUAGCACAGUUGCUAAAGCGAACGCUACCGAUGAAAAAGGGUUGCAGUCCGAAGAGACCGAGCAUGGCACAGUGGUUCACGCUGCAGACCCCAUCGAUGGCUCAGAUCCGGGUGACGAUGGCCCUGGAAUGCUGUUGCUCGAAGAUGCAUGCGAUGCCGACGAUGACGAUGCUUGAGACAGAUGAGCACUCGGUUCAUCAGUCGGACCUCAGCGGCGGAGACGAUGACAAAGCUUAAGGAAAACUCCAAAUGAUUCGGAGGCAAGAAAAGGUACAAGUGGUGGACAUGGAUUAUAUGAGUGAAAGGACAUGGAAGCAAUAUCUCACAGGUUUCGACCCUGGGCAGGGGUCAUGGCCUCAUUCCAGAUGAAUUUAAGAUCUUAGAGCAUACCGGUUCGAUCUUUGGUAACGGAGUGAAUGUUGCAUGAUCUUUCAGCUGGGUAGUGGCGUUUCUUUUAGCCGGUUCGCGCCUACCUGUAG